AUGAAGAAGUUGGCAUCUCAUCGUCCUCCUCUCAAACAUACGCUGUGCAUGCUUGAUAACUUCGAUUUAACGGGCCCCAAUGGACAUCAUAACUGCCUAGUUUAUGAGCUUCUAGGGCCUAACAUCCCGGACACAAUUGAUGCACACUUUCCCGAUGGGAGACUCCCUGGGAAGCUCGCCAAAGUUAUUGCGAAGCAAAGUCUUAUUGGGCUUGAUAGCUUGCACCAACAAAAUAUUGGACAUGGUGAUCUGCAUACCCGCAAUUUGGCCUUUACUAUGCCUUACGUGGACAAUGUAACCGAACAGAAAUUUACUGAGAUGUUAGGAAAACCAGAAAUUGGCUAUGUCCGUAGGAGCGACGGGAGGGAACUGGAGCCUGGCAUACCCGAGUAUAUCGUUAGGCCUACCUCAUAUCGGACGCAUUCUUGGAAUUCGGCCCAGUCGAUCAAGAUAAUCGACUUCGGUGAAUCAUUCUUACCCACGGCAGUUCCUCGAACACUACACACACCUCUAGCUAUUCGGGCACCUGAAGUUAUAUUUCAAGAUCGCAUUGAUUAUCGUGUUGAUUUGUGGAGCAUGGGAUGCAUGCUCUUUGAACUUUUCGUGGGACAACCACCUUUCGACACCUUCUUGAUAACGCCUAAGAUCCUCGUUAGCCAAAUGCGAGAGAUGGCAAGUGACGACCUACCUGAAAGGUGGCAUGAGAUAUGGGAUACGAUGAACGCAGGAGACGGCAGAGUCAUAGAAAGCACGGGGCCCAACUUGCAGGAAUGGCUAGAAGAAGUGUACUUUGAUAGCCCACAGAGUCCCGAUCUCACCAGAGAAGAUAUCACGAGGCUGGGGCAAAUCAUCGGAAAGUUAUUGCAGUUUGAACCGUCAGCAAGGGCGUCAGCUAGACAAGUUCUAGAUGACCCUUGGUUUAAUGAGUAA